UUUUCACAUUCAGGUCAAAUGAAUUAUGGAUGUGGAUUGAACAGAUUUCAAUCCAAAAGCUUAAAACGCCUACAUCAUUUUUCUUUUGUGUCCUUCAGUUGGAGUCGUUGAGUUUCUGUAUUUUUCUUUUGGUGUAAUUCUCAAGUCACUUUUCCACUUGUCUUGUGGUUGGAAAGACUCCAGUAUCUGUAGUUCACAGCUAUUGUAGAGGUGAGUGAUUCCUCACAAGUGUGUUACGACUGCAACAUGGGUUGUCAGUCUAUGGAAUAUUGCUUGUAUGUUUGUGUGUGUGCGUGUGUGUGAAGGAAAUAUUUCGAGUAGAGUUUUUUCAUUUAUACAAGUUAAAAGUUUCACAAUAGCAUCCGAAACUCGUUUGUGCACGUUGUUCUGACGAAAGAGGGGAUGUCAAAAAGCUAACAGUUUGUUUGUCCGUGUAUAUCCACUUUGAAAAGUUUUGGAAAUACCGUUGGAGGCUCUAACUAGAGGGAAGCUUUGAUUCUUGAUAAGGAAAGAAACGAUAUGAAUAGAUUGACUAGUAUAUACAAUGAUUUUCAACUGGUUUAGGAUUGCUUUGAUGUAGCCUGUAAAUGCUUGAAAGAGUGCUUUCUGAUCGCGUGAGAUGGACAGUUAAACAUCCACGUUGCAUUAUACUUGUUCCAUAUACGAAUUUUCUGAACCUGGAAUGGAAAAGUGAAAACCUCACCGGAUUGACUUAUUGUCGCCAAGAAAACUUUCAAGACCUACUGAGAAAACCAAAGGCAUUGACUUUGACAUUAUUAUGUAGUUCUACCAGCCAUCGAGAGUACCUGUCUCCUUCUGACAUCGAUCGACGACUUCACACCUUGUCCAAUGGGUACAGAGUAGAGGAUUGGCCACUCUGUUCAACUGGUUGCCCACGUGGCAAUUUUUCCCUUCUCUACACAUGAAAGAAUCCUAUCAGUUGUCUGUCAUUCCAUUUGAAUGACAUUAUGCCAAAUGAUGUCUUUCAAAUUGCUGCAUUUCAAGACUUGACCAGCAUUCUGUUUCUCGGUUACAGCAUCCUUCAUUGGUAGUCUUUGCUUUGCUAAUGAUGUCAUUCGAACGUAAAACCUUAGAUAGAGAGAGUCUUACUUCUUUAUAGGGAGUGUAAGGACCUGUUGAAACCUCUCAGCAUAUUCUCUUGUAUUGGCGUUGUUUGAGUUCUGCUUUUAUAAAAGUUCUAUAUUUCUUUCUUCUCGAAUGGACAGCGAAAAAGUUGCUACAAAGUUUCAGUACUUCUUUGAACGGGUAAAUUUUGUUGUUUUUCUCGGAAUAUUGCAGGGCUUGGAAUCAUGACCAUUCUAUGAUUAAGAUGCCUUUCAAUAUGUUGCCUGAACACGGAGGGGAUGUGUUUCGA